GCUGAGGCAGCGCUGGGAGGAGCGGCGGACAAGGACCGACGACGAGUCUAUAUUGCAAGGGGCUGCCUGGAAGAGACGAAACCUCCACUACUACCCGAACCACCGCCAUGGAAGCCUUGCCCCAACCCCCCACUAAGGAAGCCUAUUGUGCGGCGAUGGUGCUCUCGGGUGCAGGUGACGCCCUUGGCUAUCGCAACCAGCGCUGGGAAUACUGUACCUCAGGACCUCAGAUCCACCAGGAGCUCCAGGAACUGGGAGGCCUUGGCAAGGUUCGUGCAGUCCUCCCUGACUGGCCAGUCAGUGAUGACACCGUGUUGCAUCUGGCUACAGCUGAGGCCUUGGCAACUGGCAAGAAUGGGGAGCCACUCUUCCAGGAACUGGCCAGCCGCUAUGUUGAAGCCAUGAAAGACAUGGAGGGGAGGAAACCUGGACCCACAAGCAUUCUGGGAACAUCUCAGUUGCGUCCCGGGGAGCCAGGUGGAUAUCGCAUUCCCUUCAACCCCAGUGCAACAGGCUGUGGGGCAGCCAUGAGGUCCAUGUGCAUUGGGCUUAGGUAUCCUCGUCCCUCGGAACUCAACGCCUUGGUCCAAGUCAGCAUAGAAAGUGGAAGGAUGACGCAUCACCACCCAACAGGGUAUCUGGGAGCACUGGCUUCUGCCCUCUUCACAGCAUACGCCGUGCAGGGCCUCCCCCUUGAGCGCUGGGGCUCAGGAUUGCUCAAGACCCUCCCCCUUGCCUUGGAGUACGUUCGGGAUGCUGGUGCUGAUAGUGACUCCAAUUUGGAGGCCUGGGCCUAUUUCCAAAAGAAAUGGGAGUGGUACCUCUCAGAGCGGGGCGUCGCUGACGGCCAAGGCCCUGCGCAGUUUCCUCCAGACUAUAAUCCAUCUGAGCGUGAUGGCAUCUACAAAACCUUCAGCCUGGAUGGAUGGGCCGGGCGGAGCGGUCACGACGCCCCCAUGAUUGCCUACGAUGCUCUGCUGGGUGCAGGGGACAGCUGGGAGGAGCUGUGUGGGCGUGCCGUGUUCCAUGGGGGGGACAGUGACUCUACAGGGGUGAUUGCCGCGUGCUGCUGGGGCCUGACUCACGGAUUCAGAGGAGUCCCGGAAGGAAACCACAUGGAGCUUGAGUACCGGGGUAGGAUGGUGUCUGCUGCUGAUGCACUCUAUCAUCUUGCUUGGGGUCAGAGCUAGAACCCCAGACUUGCAUCUCAGACAUCUAGGGGGCAGGGGAUGAUUUGUAACAGUGCCAAAACUGCUCUUUGCAGAAUAAACUGGA